CAACAACACUUGAAAAAUUAUCAUCAGUUUUGGGGACAACCACUACAAGAAUACUGAGGAAUACAUGGCUGAAAAGGGAGGCGGAGGAGGGUUCGGUGCGGUGUUCAGCGGCGGUGACGUCGAGAUAAAGCCCUUCUCGAGCGCUGACUUCAAACGCAGAGUCAAUCUCAAGAAACUCUUAAUCGGCGGAGCGGUGUGUCUCAUAUUAUUGGCCGGGCUGUUAGCCAUCUUGUCCACUGUCCACUUCAUGAGCGCUCCAGAAGUCAGUGAUAAUGACAACAAUAAGGCCGAGAAGAUUAUCAGUGAUAGCACUCAGGAUGAGGUCUUAAUCACAACUAAACCCACGACUUCAACCCCAAUGCUAUCCACAACCACUCCGACAACAACUACUACUACAACAACAACCACUACUACCACUCCCAUCCCGACCACGAUUACCACUACAAUCAUCUCUACUACCACUACAUCCACUAAGAAACCGAAAAUCAUUGACCAUUUAUUGGCCACAAUAAUCAUCAAUCGGGCGGUGGUUCCCAACAAAGACCGCUCAUAUAUGGCGGCCGAGUCGGACGCCUACGUUAAGGCCUAUGUGGACAACUCGUUCAUCGGACAGACACCCGUCCAGAAGGACACACUGAACCCGGUGUGGAACUACCAGAUGGCCCACCAAAUGAUACUCCGGACGGACAGCGUCUUACAGUUCGAGGUCUACGAUAAGGACAAGUGGAACGCCGACGAGUUUAUCGGCAGGUUUUUGGUCAAGAUGUCUGAGCUCACCCUCGAGAGGGCUAAUGGCAAGUCAGUG